AAUAAUGAGCAAAGAGGUAACAAGGAUCUGUGAGGAGUUGAAGCGUGAGAUAAAGCAAGACAUAAAGUUGGCUAGGGAGGGUAUGGAAAGGGAGCUACGCAACGAGUUACGAGAGUUAAAAAAUAGUAUGGACUUCUUCAACAAAAAUUUUGAAGAAUUCAGAAGUAAGAUGGAAGCCUUGUCUGUUGAGAACAGUAACUUACGUUCAGCCAAUGAAGCAUUGCAACGUGAAUGUCAUGGCAUGAAAACGCAACUAAGAGAUCUAAAUCUGAAGAGUAUCCAGCUCGAACAGUACUCCAGAAACAGAAACAUCGAAAUCAAGGGGAUACCUUUCAUACAAGGUGAAUGUAUCCCUGGUAUAUUAAAGAAGCUCGGCGAAGCAGUAGGCGAACCGAUAUGUGAAUCUGACAUUGAUGUCUGUCAUCGAGUACCUGUAGUGAAAGGGCCUACUCAGAAUAUUGUUGUUCAGUUCUGUCGGAGGGGAAAGCGUGACACUGUCCUCGAAAGAUCAAAGAAAAAGCGUCUAACUUCCUUAGAUCUUGGCUUCACUGACAGUCAGCCCCUGUACGUCAACGAGCACUUGUGCCCCGAUUUAAAAAAGCUACUGGGGAUGACUGUUGCUGCAAAAAAAGAAAUGAAAUGGAAAUUCGCAUGGGUGAAGCAUGGUAAGAUUUUCGCCCGGCAAGAUGAAUCAUCCCCAAUUGUUAGUAUUCUCAGUCCUGAUGACCUGUCCAAAAUGAAGUAAUUAUAGUUGCUCUCUUUGUAUCUUUUGUGUGUGCAUGGGCUGAUA